GAGGCUCUGAGUGUAGAGCAACAAUACUAUGUUGUAAGCGAUCCUAACUCGGCCCGCCUCGCCGAGUCUCCCUUCACAUACAUACGCCAGUGGUACUCGCUCUCUGAGCGUAUACAGCGAGCAGUCGGUAGCCUCAGCCAGUACUGUGUGGACCGUAGCGUUCGAUAGUCACAGUGACGACAACUGGGGAUUAACACAGUCGUAAUUGGACGAAUAUACCCUUGUGUUUAACACUCUCCCGGGACUGUCAAUUGACAGUCAGAACGAGGCCCGUACUGAACGGUUUGAGCAGAUUUUAAUAGUUUCGUUAAUGAAUGAGUUAUAUCGGUUUCAUACUGGAGUCGGUUGUGGCGACUCUGAAAUCUCAAUCUGUUUAUAGACCGAGAAAUGCUUAUCUUGUUUUAUUUAGAAACGGUGUGUUGACAUUAUCAUCCUUGAUUACACACUGUAGCUGGUCUGUGGGUAACAGUGUUAUCCAGUUGUUUAAAUACAGUAACUAUGGGAGUCCGUCACAGUCGGGACUUGUGUAGAUUGCUUUAAACUUGCGGAGUGUCAUUCAUCUGUCAGCUUCUGUGCGCGGAUUACUGGACUGACCCCUCACUGGACACGUCACGGACAGUUGUAGCGGAACACACACAUUCACAGAUUUGUUUGGAGUUUACCCAUCUCAACAUGACGCCCGUGGACAUAUACUGUGAUUUAAUGGACGUUGCACCAACUCUCGUGUAGUCUCGUCGCAGCCACGUUAUGACGUCAUCCACCGAUUCCAUAGUCCCUGACGUCACCAGCCUCUACGUCCUCAACAACGUGUCCGUCAUCACACUGCCCCCGUGCGACUGGCCGGCAGAGUUAGAUGAAGGCACACAAUACUGUCCUCCCACAUGGGACCGAUACCAAUGCUGGCCAGCUACCAGAUCCAAUACCACCAUAUACGGACCCUGCCCAUCACAAUAUGGCUUCAAUGACACAGUUCAUUUGGCGCACCGGAAGUGCUCUGAGAAUGGCACAUGGGAUAAAGGGAACUGGACGGACUAUGGCGGGUGUAUCGAGCUGUGGCAGUCCACGCGCAGGGAAGACGACAACGCCGUCAUUGGCACCGUGGUGCGGCUGGCAGAGAUCCUGAGGGACAUCUACUUUGUGGCCAGCAUUAUCUCCCUUGCUUUCCUCAUCCUCACGCUCUUCAUAUUCUCCUACUUCAAGUCCCUUCAGUGUAGUCGCAUCUCAAUCCACAAGAAUCUCGUCAUGUCUUUCAUAUUCCGGUUCAUCCUCAUCAUCAUCAUGAUGGAGCCUUACAUUUCCAAGAGGGACACGUCCUACAGGGAUUUUGACUGGCUAUGUAAGACGCUCACGGCGUUGAGGAAGUACACCAUCGUGUCCAAUUUCUUCUGGAUGUUUGUGGAGGGCUUGUUUCUGCACAACAGGCUGGCGGUGUCUGUCUUCAGUACGGAGGCCCCCUUCACGCUCUUCUACGUCAUAGGAUGGGGUAUCCCGGGGGUGAUCACCCUGGUGUGGGCGUUGCUGAUGCACUUCAACAACCACGACAGCUGCUGGGACAACCACAACCAGUCCACGCUCAUCUUCAUCAUCUACGCCCCUAUUCUAGUGACCCUUGUAAUUAACUGCGCUUUCCUUGUCAAUAUCAUUCGUAUCCUCAUCACAAAACUACGGGCAAACAACACGAUAGAAACUGUUAGGAUAAGAAAAGCAAUUAAGGCCACAGCCGUGCUCCUUCCCCUGUUGGGUAUCAUUAAUAUUUUAUUUCUUCUGAAACCAGAGGAAAACGGGUCCCUCACUAAAGCCUAUCGUGUUAUAAACGCCGUUCUACCAGCUUGUCAGGGUAUUUUUAUAUCUCUCCUCUACUGCUUCAUGAACAGUGAGGUUCGUGGUGUGAUAAAGAAGAAGUGGUACCGUUUCCGGUUGAGCCGAUCGAUGAAUGUGCGCGCACGUAGACGCAACUCCCGGACAUCGUCGUUCUUCCUGUCUCAAAGCGAGAGUGCGACGUCCCCUCUCGGCAAGACGACGCCUGUCUGACGCUUUGUGCAGACUAGACCCACACCAGUAACCUGAUCGCACAAAGUUACUUUGCAUAAAAAAAACCGGUGACGCAGUGAUUGGUCAAAGUCUCGCCGGUAUCGACCAAUCAGAAAAGAAAAGUUUUCUCAUUGGCUACAUUCACUUGGACUUGGACCCUCGGACUGAUCAAAGAUCUCCAGCUUCAUGAUCAGUCAGGAAAGCGUUCUGCUUCAAAACUGUGUCAAAGAAUCUGUGAUUGUUCUGGAGAAGACAAAGAAAACAGACUAUGUUAACAUAUCGUUGAUUUACACCUGGCACCCAUGACACUGACAUAUAUGGUCGCGCACUCUCAACUCUCAACCAAACAAGGAAGACAACCCUUGAGUGGUCGAUCAGGUCCCGCUAGAAGCGCUCGUAAAAUAUUCAAUAUGAUUUACGUGAUACAUUGGGGUGGGUGAAGGAGGCGACUGUUCGAAACAUGUGGGACGGAUACAUAAUACACGUGCUGACACAGCAUAAACUUGGUUUCUGUUAACAAGACAGAUUCAGUAAUUACUAGUUUAAACACAUCACCAGACACCUCUGUUCAUUAACCAAGAAUGUCGAUUGACUGUGAGACACAGAGAUGCUCAGAACAUCCCUCUGCUCGUUGGCUUUGGCAAAGUGUUAAACGUCAAAAACCGGCAUCGCUUCGGGAUUUUCUCCCAGAUUAAGCUGACACGCCGUGAUAUAACUGAAAUAGUGUUCAAAGCAGCCUCAGAUAUACCAUGUUUACUAAUGGAGGAAUCAUGAGAAUAUGGUGAUAUUACUUCCAGAAUCAGAUUUUAGUGACUUCUCCGACUUCAACCAUGGUAUGGUUGAUAUUAUGUCUCUAUAUUUUUGCAUAAUGAUCUAUAGCUGCAUCAGUUUUACUUGUUUAAAAUGCACGUUCAGAAUGGCUGCAAAAGCGUGACGUAAUGAAUAAUAGUUUACAAUAACUCUUCCCCACAUUGCGAUGUAAUCGCUGCAACUGAAAGUGUAUGUGAAAAUAUGAGAUCAACGAUCGUCCUCGCACUAAGAUCGCUUUGUGAAAAGGGGCCUGCCCAGCUAACCGAAUCAUUUGCAUCAGUUACAGAAACACGACGUGUCUCAUCAAAACUUCAUGUGUUCAUGUCGGCCACAUAUGUCAUUCGGAUUAAGUCGUGUCGCUCCGGAAACGAAAUGUCAUUCGGAGAAAGUCGUGUCGUUCCGGACAAGAGCUGAAUUACAAUCUUGAAAUUAACAGAAUCCUACGAAAGUCGACAUAACAAGCGGGAAAUAGAAGGUUAAGAAGCUAUUUUGUCUCUGGAUGUUUUGUCUACAAUUAUAUCACAAAAUUAAGAGGACACGAACUGUAUAGAUAUAGAUAAGUACCACAACAUAUUACAUUUCUGCGCGGUUUUACGUACUGCCCAUUGUUACGCUUCGUGCUUUCAUUGGUUUGUUCGGUCACUCUUGAAUAUAUAUAUAUACCUUGGUUAUUAUCAUCAAUUGUUUCCAUCAUGAUUUGAUUGUAAAUAAAUGUAAAGCCAACACAA